AUGGACUACACGCAACAGACAACAUAUGUCACAGUAUCUGUUCUUCCAGGCACUGGCACAAACCACUGCCGACUGAGAUUUGUCAAUUUUGAGAGUCAUGAAAACCACGUUUCCCAUGAGACACAGGGGCUCAGCGAAAAUAUCCUGGUGGUGCGGAGAGGGAAACCGUUCAAGCUCACUUUAAUGUUUCGUAGCCGCCUGUGGAAUCCUCACAUUGAGAGCCUGAUCCUGGAGGUUAUGCUGGGUGGUCUGUCAGAGAGGAUACCAGUCCAGUUCCCUGAAAAGUGGUCCGACCCCCAACGCUGGUCAGCCAAAGUCUAUCCAUGUAACAUGGGUCCUCAGUCGGUCUCCAUCUAUAUCUGCGCCCCUGUUCUGUCCUCAGUAGCCGUGUAUGACCUCCUAGUCCACAUAGAGACCAGGCUGGACAGAAGGAGCUAUGCAGUAGGAUCAUUUGUGCUGCUCUGCAACCCAUGGCUGAAGGAUGAUCCAGUGUACAUGCCACUUGAUGUCCAAAUACAAGAGUAUGUCAAGAGUGAUUAUGGACUGGUCUACAUGGGUACCCAUCUAAACAUUUGUAAGCGACCCUGGUCUUUUGGUCAGUAUGAGCCUGGGGUCCUAGAGGCAUGCCUGAAGCUCCUGCAGGUCAGCCCACAGCAUCUCAGCGACUCCUACCAAGACUACAUUCUACGAGCAGACCCCAUCUACCUCAGCAGAGUGGUAUGUGCUAUGGUGAACAGUAAUGACGAUUUGGGUAUUUUGGAGGGGAAGUGGCAGGGCAACUACAAAGACGGUGUCAAACCUACAGAGUGGAGCGGCAGCGCAGACAUCCUUAACCGCUGGGAUUCGUCCAACUGCAGCCCUGUGCGCUAUGGACAGUGCUGGGUCUUUGCAUCUGUCCUCUGCACAGUGAUGAGAGUGCUGGGGAUUCCUUCCAGGGUGGUGACAGUUUUUAACGCAGCUCAUGAUGGUGAUGGCAGCCUGAAAAUUGAAGAGAUUUACUCGAGCAGAGGGGAGAAGCUUGGCCUGUCAAAGGACAGCAUUUGGAACUUCCAUGUGUGGGUGGAGUGCUGGAUGAGAAGACCAGACCUUGGUCAAGAGUUUGACGGCUGGCAGGUUGUGGACCCGACCCCGCAGGAGAAGAGUGCAGAUGGGGUAUACUGCUGUGGUCCUUGCCCUGUAGUUGCUGUCCAGAAACAUUGCCUCUGCGCCCCAUUUGACACCUCGUUUAUCCAUGCCUCUGUUGACGCCGACAUCGUAAGGCUGAUCGUGCGUGAUGGGCUGGUGGUGGGGAGGACGGUGGACACUGAGUCAGUGGGGCAACUGAUCUAUACCAAGAGCAUUGGCUCAGACAGACCAGAGAAUCUGACACAGAUGUACAAGGGAAUCAAAAUAGCGCAAACAGCGCAGACACGAAGAAUGUCCACACGCCCAGGAGGCCCCAGUUUGAAAGUGUCCCUGGACAUAGAUAGGGUGCUAUUAGUGGGUGAGAGCAUCAGUGUGCGUGUGACGAUCACAAACCAUUCAAGCAGCCCCAGGAUCCUGAUCGAACACCUGAACACUCAGCUGAAAGAGUACAACAGCAACCCAGAGAAGAGCUUCUGGAAAAUACAAAAACAAGUGCACAUACAGCCAUACAAAGUUUUGACACUCCACCACGUCAUCCCUCCCUCUGAAUAUGAGUCAGUGCUGGCAGGUGAUGACAUUGUGAACAUGGCAGUGGUGAUAAAGGACAUAAGGACCAAGGAGAGAGUGCUGGAUACACAGGAGUUCAACAUCAGCUCACCACAGAUAACAAUAGAGAUCGAAGGAGGAGACAGUAUCCAAAUGAAGAAAGAGCACACAGCCCAAGUUUCCUUCACCAACAAGUUUGCCAAAGCUCUGAAUGGAGCAGUACUGACUGUGGAAGGAUCUGGCUUGUUGCCAGACAAACACCACGUCAGGAUGGUGCUCCUGCAGCCGGGUGAGAAGAUAGAGAAGAAGGUGUCCGUCAUGGCCACUUCACCUGGCACUAAACUGAUGAUGGCCACUUUCUCAUACAGCGGCAGCCCUCACAUCAUCUCCAGGAGUUUCCACAAAGUCUUUGUCAUGACUGCAUGACACGAAAUCCAAAAGCUUCAACAUCUUUUAAUCUUCUGAGUAAGGUUAGAUCAAAAGCA